CUACUGCACCGGCCUGCGCUGCCUCGUGAUCUGUUUUGUGGCGCCCUGGCUCUAGCCUUGGCCUUUGCAGUGCACGGUUGUAGGUUAGAAUGAUGAUCACUAUUCGUACUCUAGACUAGUCUAGUCUAGAUGGAGCAUGCAGGCGAGGACCAAUAAAUAAGCGCGCUGGUUGAUUGGGGAGGCAGUUUAGAACGCUCAACACGUCGUUUAUACUAUUAUAGUCGUUUAUAGCAGAGGAAAAAUUCGGACACUUUUGUAAGACUAGAAUACAUGUAGAUACAUUGCUGCCGACUGCCGUAACUGUUACUUGGCUGUAGAUAACAAUGGGUUCGUCCGUGAGUGCAGUCUGCAAGAGAUUUAUGAACAAGAAGGAGAUGCGUCUGCUGUUCAUGGGUCUUGAUGCAGCGGGAAAGACGACUAUAUUGUACAAGCUGAAGCUGGGAGAAGUGGUCACAACGAUUCCAACAAUCGGCUUUAAUGUGGAAACAGUGGAGUACAAGAACGUCAGCAUCACGUCCUGGGACGUCGGUGGCCGGGAUAAGAUUCGUCCGCUGUGGAGACACUAUUACCAGAAUACCGAUGCACUGGUGUUCGUUGUGGAUAGCAAUGAUAGAGAAAGAUUGGAGUAUGCUCGCGAGGAGCUGCACCGCACAUUGGGUGAAGACCAGUUGAAGGAUGCUACUAUACUGGUGUUUGCCAACAAGCAGGACUUGCCGAAUGCCAUGAGCAAGGAUGAAGUUGUUGAUGGACUGGGACUCAAGGAGCUCAGGAGCAGGCAGUGGGCUGCGUUUGGUUGCAGUGCAACCACCACUGGCAAUCUGAAUCUAUAUGAGGGUUUGGAGUGGCUCACCAGUGCACUGGCUAAUAGUGAGGUACAGAAAGCUGUCACAGAACCAGUGUCGCAAACAGUGACGGACGCCAAAGGUCUUUCAAGCAGGCUUCUCUCGCCGGUGUCACAGUGGUUCAAGCAGCUAAGCAAUACUCACUGGUUUUCUCAGACAUCUGGCACUACUGCUCUCAGCAGCUCCUGAACUAUGAUCCUGGCACCAGCUAAACCUUGGUUGAUUCCCAUUCCCUUGAAACAACCGACUUUUCGAACUUUGCCAUACAAUGUUUAGCAUACAUGCGGUAAAUACAUGUACAUUGUAACUUCCAGUAUAAUUAAUUUAUUAACGAUUCAAACUGCUGAGUACAGUACCAGGCUGAAUGCUGGCGGCUUAUUUGUUUUAUAGUGAGGCAGCUGGAAAAGGCACUCACCUCAAGUGUGAGUUUUUGUCAAGGUCUUUGCUAUAGUUCUUGCUUUUUGCUUCUUUUUUUUAAUAAAAAUGCUUUGCUUCACGGAAACGUCUUUCAUUGCGAAGAGCUGCGCUUCUGUCCUCUGAGCUGUGCUGAGGAGCUCUAACAGAGCGAAACAGUUGCUGGCCACAGAUUUGAGUUCUUGCUUUUUGUAUAUUUUUUAAAACUGUUUUUCUAACUUGAAUGGAAUCAGACAUAGUCAAAUACCCAUGUACCCAUGUAUUAUGAAUUUUACUACCAGGCUUUACUGUAAAUACUACAUGUUCACCUCAUGCUUUAUUAUGAUUA